AUGAAUAAAAUUUUUGAAUUAGGUGAACCUGUUGUUCUUGAAUCAUCAACAAAAGAUAUUGAAGUCAAUGAUGGAGAUUCUGUUACACUUAUUUGUAAUGCUCAAGGAUAUCCAACACCAAAUAUAGAAUGGCAAAAAGCAGAUGCACAACCUCUUGGUUCAGGUCAUAUUCGACAAGUCGGCUCUCAAUUACAUUUAUAUCAUGUGACAAGUAGAGAUAGUGGAAUUUAUAAAUGUCUUGCUAGUAACUUGGUUGGUUUUGGUAGUGAAUGGACACUAAAACUUUCAGUGAGAUUUCGUCCAUAUAUAUAUUGUCAACGUGAAGUUGAUCAAGCAACAGAUUUUCAAGUUGAUGUUUAUAUGGAAUGUUAUGUCUAUGGUUAUCCUCCACCAAAAAUAUCUUGGCGUAAAGAACGAAGUGCUGGUCUUCCAAAUAUGAAAUAUGAUAAAGAUAUUUGGAAUUCACAAAAAUAUUUAAUUGAAGCAACAAUACCAGAAAUGUCAAUUUGUACUGAUUGUAUUCUAUCACGUUUAACAAUUAUUAAUGUUGAACAAGCUGAUUUAGGUAAUUAUUAUAUUAAUGCAACAUCACCUGGCUUUCUAUCUGAAUAUGGAAGAAUUAAUCUUUAUCAAACAUCUGAUUGUCAACAAUUUAUUACUCAUCGAAAUAAUAAAGGAUGUAAAAGAAUUUAUACUCAACUAUCGUCCAGCAAUAAGAUAUUUUCAAGAUUUUAUACAUUCCAUUUUUUAUUUUUUGUUUUGUUUAUUCAAUUAUUUUAAAUAUUCUAUUUGUUAGUUGUUCUUUUUCAAUAAUGUAUCUUGUAUUCUUAAUGUGCAUGUCAGAUAAUUCUUUCGUGUUUGCUCUUUUGAUUUUUUUUUUUUUUGAAAAAAAAAUUUGACAGAUUUACAACAAGACAUAACAAUAAAAGUUGAAAUACAUAAAAGAAAACAAAUAGAAUAAUUGACAAUUUGUAAAACGUCUUCUAACACUAUUUGUGAAAGUAUCAUUCAAUUACGCCAAACUUUGAGGAUUUAUAGAGCUUUUUGUGCGAAUCGUUUUGUCUAUAAAAAAGUUAAGACUUGUAUUUAAAAUAAUGAAGAACGAGUUGAAAUACUAAACAUACUAUUUCAUCAAAAAUCCCAUGAUUUUGCAAUGAUAUAAUUAAAUCACAUCAUGGAUUCUAACUUUUAUUUCACUUAUUAAUCCAUUCAUGACGAAAUUUUGCUCGUAAAAUCUUGUAGCCCAUAUGAAGCUGCAUCGAACUAUGUAUAAUUAAAAGAUUUUUUCGAGAAGAAAUAUGUGAUUCAUCAGUGUACUAACAUGACGUCUGUAGACCGUUAUCAAAUAAAUUAGUGCUGAAAGUAUUUCAAAAAAUCAUACACAAAUUUGGAAUUCUACAGCCUAGCGCUAUGAAGGAUUCAAAAGAACGAAGCUUGCUCUAUUUAGCUCUAUAAUUAGUUUUGUUGAACUCUCAUAUAUUUUCGAAGAAAAUAUUGAGUGUAAGUUUUAAGCUCAAGUUUUCACGGCUUUCCCCACCUCUCCUCAUUACAGACAUUUAGCAACGCAGGUCCCCAUUACAGACUUUAGCAAUUAAGAAUAACAGGCGUCAGAUUUUCUAGUUUUUUUGAAAAAUUGAUCAAGUUAUAAUUUUGAAAGAUAAUCAACGUCAUUGUUUAUGAGCUGAUUAAUAUAUAUAUAUAAUAGUGCGUAAGAUCUUCUGUAGAUAUCAUGGGUAUGUAAAGUAGAUUUAUUUGCCAAUUAAUUCAAUGAUUAUUAUAAUAAGAAUGUUGAAUCAUGAAAAACAAAAACAAAAAAAAUGAAAGGUAAUGAACGAAUAGCAAUAAUGCAAAAUAAAAAUAGGGAGUCCGUAGGAAAAAAAAAUUUCUGUUCGAAAUACAGAAAUUAGAAAGGUUCUUACUCUGAUUUUCGAUUAUCCUACAAAACAACUAUAGUCUACGAGAGAUUUCUCAUCUUACAUAUUUUGUAUUAGUUUAAUGAGACUAGAGAGCAUAUAUGACUUCCACAUUUCAGUCCCAAAGGGGCUGCACUAACAAGCUUUUUCACGGGAAUGAGAUUUCAUUAUGAAAAAAUGAUCAAAAAGAAAAACUAUCGUUUUUUCUCUUCUGAGAAAAAUAUUUUGAUCAUGUUCUAGAGAUAUUUCAACAUUCAAUCCUUUAUUUUGAACUUAAUAUCAAAAUUCGAUAUUAAACUCGCAAUUUGAAUGAGAAUUAUAUCAGAAACAUACAUAGACUUGUUUCAAGUCGUCUUAAUUUUUUCUGAUUUUAUAGUUCAAGUAUUCCUUCUUUUCUAUGUAAUUCUGUAUAUCGUUCAAAAAUUCGAAUAAAUCUUACAAUAUGUAUCUUUCUUAUGACAAAACUCAAUAAUAAGAUCUCGAAAUAUAAAGGGUGUCCCAUAAUGACUGAUGAUAAAUUGUUAAUGAUAUUUUUCAUAUUUUUUCUUGACCUAGACCGCUGAAAUUUUUACCAUAUAUAUAUAUCUAAUUAAGAUCUUUUAUUUCUGAACAUUGCAGUUCUCUAGCUAUAACUGUUGGUGAAACACAUUGACAAGAUUGAAAUAUUUAAAUUUUCGUACUCGUUUUUUGCAUUUUAUUUCGCCUGUAAAAAUAAUGCAAAAAUCAAAUAUGAAGAUUUAAAUAUUUCAAUCUUGUCAAUGUGUUUCACCAAUAAUUAUAGCUAGAGAACUGCAAUUUUCAGAGAUAAAACAUCUUGAUGAGAUAUAUAUGUGAUACAAAUUUCAGUGCUCUAUGUCAAAAAAAAGUAUAUAAAAAAUAUUAUUAACAAUUUAUCAUCAGUUAUUAUGAGAUACCCAUUAUCACGUUACACAUCAUUGACGCGAUUUUUCGAUAUAUAGGGUGUCCGGAAAGUCACUAAAGUUAGAAAAAUUUGAAUAUCUUCGUCACUCUUCAAUCAAAUUAGCAGAAUUUUUUUCUGAAGGUAGAGGAUAGAUAGAAGUUUUUAUUCGUGAAGAAACAGUCUAUUUAUGUGCAUGAAACUAGCAAACUUUUCUUCACUAUAUAAGUAGACUACGUACAAACGUGUGCUACUCAUAGUUAUAGUCCGAUACUGUAGGAUAUUCUUUUAUUUAUUUACCAAGUGAUGUAGCUGAUAUAUAAUGCAAUAAUACUAGUAUGAAAGAAAUUGUCCUUCAUUGUCCAAGCAAUCA